UUUUCCUUUAUUUCAAAAAAUGGAGAAAAUGCAGGUGCAACAAUGGUGGAGGUCGGUCAAAUCACGAUUAUCGUACAAGAACGCCACCAUAAUUGUCUGCUUAUUCAAUACUAUCACCGUUCUUCUAUUGCUUCAAGGCUUCUUCUUCUCUUCUUCUUCUUCAAACAUCGCUUCCUCUAAUAAAGCUCUACAAAGACAUAUAAAGGAAUGUGAAGAGAUACGACGCGCUAUGGUUCCUGUGGAUCUAAUCAGAAGAGUUAGAGAAAUUACGGAGGAUGAAUAUGUCGGAAUAGAAGAAAUCGAGGCUAAAGAUGUAAAGCAGACAGCUGCAAUGGACCUCGUAUCUAGGUUGAAUAAUUACCGUUCUUAUUCAGAUUCCGGCAGCACUAAAGCUCUGGAAGAAUGGCGCAAGCGGAAGAUGGAGCGAGCCAGACAACGUUCCGUAGGGAAGAACGGGACAUCCAAUUCGGAAUCAUGAAAAUGUUUUGAAUUUUUUUUAUAUAUAUGUUUGAUUCCUUCUUGCGCGAUCGGUCGAUGUUCAGAUCAUUGCAGUGUUUGUAUUUCAUGAGAUCUUGAUAUGUUGUAAUCAUGUAAUUAAGUAAUUUUUACGGGUUUAUUGCAUUCAACACCCUUGUGUUCACUCUAAUUGUUAGAAAACUUUUUCUGUUAUUUUAU